CGUGAUUAUAACCUCCUCUUUAGGAUGUAAACGAAAUUUAACCUUAGUAUUUAAAUAGUGAUAUAAUUGUAAUUAAGUACUUUCAAAAGUGCUUUAUAUAAAAAGAACUCAUGUGCAUCAUACAAUUCGUAGUGAAUUUAGCUAAAAUUAGUAUUAGACAUAAUAGAUAUUAUUCAAGUUUUGCACAAUCUAACUUAAAAGCUACAUUGUUGAAUAUGCCUCGAGAAAAACAGAACAAUAACAACAGGGCUCAGAAAAAAGAAAAGACUACUAGUUAUGUACCUGGAACUAUAACUUUGCAAGUACUUGGUUCGGGUGCUUUAGGCAGUCCUGCUGUUUUUAUACUUAUUCACGGAUCAAGUAGAUAUCUUUUCAAUUGUGGUGAAGGCACUCAACGGCUAGCUCACGAAUAUAAAAAUAAAUUGUCAAGAUUAGAGCAUGUAUUCUUUACCAGACGAUGUUGGCAUCGUAUGGGUGGAUUGCCUGGUCUUUCAUUAACUCUUCAAGAAGCAGGAGUACAAUCAUUGCAUCUUCAUGGCCCUCCUGAUAUAAAUGAAUUAUUCACAGCAACAAAGCGUUUUGUUGUCUUGCGUGAUUUGAAAAUAUACACUGUAGAAGCUAAAGCUGGAGAAGUUUUUGAAGAUUCUGUUAUGGUUGUUCAUUAUGUUCCAUUGUUUAGUUCAACAAAAUCAAAUAGUAAACCAUCAUCUCCAAAGGGUAUGAAGCAAUUUAGUAAAAAAAACUCUUCGCUGCUAGAUAAUGAAGCCAAUACUUCAAAUAUUGAUAGUCUUGCAGGAGCCAGUGUAAACCGACGUAAUUUACGUUCUUCAAGUAUGCCAGCUGAUGAGACCGAUUACUAUGCUCAUGAAAGAAGUGGAACUCGAACUGAUCCUGUAGCCAUGUCUCAACUAUUAAAUCUUGAGGAGAAAAUUGAAACAGAAGUAACAGCUUAUAUUUGUCGACUUAAACCUAAACCUGGUGCAUUAUGUUUAGAACGUUGUGUGAAACUGGGAAUAAAGCCUGGCCCCAUUUUUGGGCGACUUAAAGAUGGCAUAGAUGUUACUUUGCCUGAUGGAAGAGUUAUUAAAUCAAGUGAUGUUAGAGGUCCAGAUGAUCCAGGGCCAGUAUUUAUUGUGCUUGAUAUUCCAUCGGAGGAUUAUUUAACAGCUCUGGAAAAUAAUGAGGAAUUCACAAAACAUCAAGCAUCAGCCACAAAAGAUGAAGAUGCAGCUUAUGCUGUAUUUCACUAUACCCCUCAACACAUUAUGAAUAAUCCCAGGUAUGUAUCCUUCAUGGAAAAGUUUUCUCCAAGUACAAUUCAUGUGGUGCUUAAUGAACAAAAUGAAUUUUUAUGUUCUCCUUCUGUGCAGCGUUUGCAAUUUCAAUUGAAUCAAUUAGAUUCACAUAUAUUCCCAUUACUUGAUAGAAAUAUGAAUUCUUAUAAAAAAGAUAAUAGUGAAAAUCGUUUUAAUUCGCCUGUAAGAAAAAAAUUGAAAACUAUUCAUGAAGAUACACAAUCGUCUACUACAGAAUUUGCUAAACUUAAUUGUCAUGAUGAUUCACAAAGUUCAGUCAUACGAGAAAAUGUGAAUACAAUGAGUUGUUUUCAUUUGAGACCAAAAAGAGGAUGUGAUAGAUCAAAUGAGCCAGUGAUAACGCCAGAAGCAUAUAUUGAAGAAACCAGUCAAAUUGAUGGUUAUGAAAGUUUAUGCGAGUUGAAAAAUGAUUUAACAGAGUUAGAAAAAAGUACAAUAAAAAAUUCAAAUUUUCCUAGAGUUAUAUUUUUGGGAACAGGGUCUUGUAUACCAAAUAAAACAAGAAAUACAAGUGCUAUAUUAGUUCAGUUAAGCGAUUCUAAUAAUAUACUUUUGGAUUGUGGCGAAGGAACUUUUGGACAAUUUGUUAGACAUUUUACUGAACCUGGAGAAUUACACAGAGUUUUUAAAAAUCUUCGAUUGAUAUAUGUAUCACAUUUACAUGCAGAUCAUCAUAUAGGUUUAAUUGGUCUUUUACAAGAGAGGCAAAAAUUGUUAUCGCAGGAACAAUCUAUACCAGAAAUUAAGCUUUUAGCACCGAGUCAAAUAUCUUCUUGGUUAGAAUUUUUCAAUAAAAGAUUUGAAAAAAUAUCUGAUACAUAUGAACUGAUACCAAAUCAAAUGCUGAUGGAAAAUGCUUCUAUGUCUGUACAAGAAGAACUUGUUGAUUUUACUGAAUAUGGAUUAGAGUCUAUUAAUACUUGUUUAGUAAAGCAUUGUCCGCAUGCAUUUGGCGUUGCAUUGUAUACAAACGAUGGAUACAAAAUUACUUAUUCAGGAGACACCAUGCCUUGUGAUGACUUGGUUCAAUUAGGUAUGGAUAGUGAUCUUCUAAUCCAUGAAGCUACUAUGGAGGAUGAUCUUAUUGGAGAAGCUAAAUUUAAAUUACACAGCACUCUUUCACAGGCCAUAGGAGUUGGUAAUGCAAUGCGUGCAAAGCGAAUAUUGUUAACACAUUUCUCACAACGUUAUGCCAAAAUACCACGAAUACAAAAUCUGGAGGACCUGAAAAAUGUUGGGCUUGCUUUUGAUCACAUGCAGCUUGUUUUGCACGACUUCUAUAAAUUGCCUAUUAUGCACAAAUGUUUGAAAACCAUGUUUUCGGAGCAUUGUGAAGAACUGGAAGAACGAGCUGCAAAGAGAGCCCUUAAAAAGCAGUUAAAAGCUGCUAGCAGAUCACCAACACCUGUCUGAGUUAAGAAUUCAAUUAAACUAUUUUUUUAAUCAAUU